UAUGGCAUCACCCCGUUCAACAAGUUUCAACCAUACUAGCACUACUAGCUAAGAUGGCUACUCAGAGUCAGAUACUGUUGGACUACCUGCCCAAGUCUGAAGGCCUUUUGCCUAAAUGGCAACUCAUAGUCGCCACAAUGGCUGUGUUCAACACUAUUCAGAACUUUACGACACUAAAGUUGACCCGCAGGCUCUAUGCUGGCGUUCCGUCUGCCUCAAUAACAACACUUCAGGCACGAACGUUUGCAGUUUGGACAUUAACAUCAGCGGUCAUACGGGGAUAUGCUGCGUACAAUAUCAAUAACAAAACGAUUUAUGAUAUGGCUCUCCUCACGUACCUCAUCGCAUUUGGGCACUUCACCUCUGAGAUUUGCUUCUUCCGCACAGCUAAAAUCAAUCUACCUGUCCUGAGCCCUGUGAUUGUCUCCACUGCAUCACUGAUUUGGAUGUUGAGACAGUAUGAUUUCUAUGUCACACCUUGAUCUAACUAUAUAUGACAAACGCCGAAGUUCAUGUCGAUUGCCACGUUUGUUCCCUUGAGGAAGCGCACGUUGCAAAUUCCAUUGUUGCGCAGACCAAUAAAUCCCGUGACAAUCAGUCAAUGAAGCUUGAAGUACAAUAAUUCGCCAUCGUUCCGAGCAGGACCCUGAUAAUCCCUACCGAGGACUGCCCUGGCAGCAGACCUAAUUCAGGAGUGGACAGUUUGGGGGUGAUCCGGAGGUGGAUGCUGGGGAGACAUAGCCGCAACCCCCCCCCCCCCCCCC